AUGAAGUUUCUGUCCUCCUUCGUCGCAUUGUCCUUGGCGGCAUUGUCGGGGGCUCUCCCUGCAUCUGAUCAUGUCGUCCAUGAAAAGCGCAGUAGCGCCUCUACCCUGUGGCAGAAGGCUGCUCGUGUGAACGGGACCGAGAACGUGAUUGUGCGAAUCGGGUUGACUCAAAACAACCUCGACCGCGGGUAUGAAUACUUGAUGGAUGUAUCAGACUCAGUUUCUCCUAACUACGGAAAGUUCUGGACGCCAGAGAAAGUGGCCGAGACCUUUGCUCCCUCGAAUGAAACCGUCACUGCUGUGAGGCAAUGGCUCAUCGAAGCCGGGGUUGACAGCUCUCGGCUUUCCCAGACAAAGAACAAGGCUUGGAUUGUUUUCAACGCGACGACUGCAGAGGCAGAGACUCUCCUUCACACCCAGUAUUAUCAUUACAAGAACGCGGUCACUGGUUCGACCGCCAUUGCUACCGAUCAAUAUCGUCUUCCCCAGUCUGUCACGCAGCACGUCGACUACAUCAAGCCCGGUGUGAUCCUGCCACUGACUUCGAGAAAGCGUCAGGCCGGCCGAAAGCCUCUGCGGUACCAGCCUGCCAAGAAAACUACCCCGAACCCCUCCUCUCUUGCCACCUGUGAUGAAGCUAUUACCCCAGCUUGUGUGGCGGCAUUGUACAAAAUUCCUGGGGCAAGCAAAGAUGUGAGCCCCAAGAACUCACUCGGGAUCUUCGAGGAGGGCGACUACUACGCCCAGGAGGACUUGGAUUUAUUUUUCAAGAACUUCACACGCUGGAUUCCCAGUGGGACGCAUCCCAAGCCUGCAUUUAUCGACGGGGCCGAGGCACCUGUUCCGGUUGAUGAGGCCGGAGCAGAGUCGGACCUGGACUUCCAGCUGGCAUACCCCAUUGUUUACCCCCAGGAAAUCACAUUGUUCCAGAAUGAUGACUACAACUACGCUAGUGAAGAGAUCUACACCUCGGGGUUCUUUAACACCUUUCUCGAUGCGCUUGAUGGGGUCCCUCAGUCAUAUUGUACCUACUGUGCGGACGGCGAAUGCGGCGAUGCAUCGGGCCUUGACCCUGUCUACCCCGACACAAACCAAGGAGGGUACACCGGACAGCUGAUGUGCGGCACCUACAAGCCCACCAACGUUAUCUCUAUCUCCUACGGCCUGCAGGAAGACGAUCUUCCGGAAUAUUAUCAGAAACGCCAGUGCAACGAGUUCCUCAAACUCGGUCUUCAGGGUACUUCUAUCCUGAUCGCCUCCGGCGACGACGGCGUCGCGGGCCCGCCGGGCGAUUAUACCGACGACGGAUGUCUUGGAAACGGAACCAUCUUCAGUCCCGCGUUCCCCAACAGUUGCCCGUGGGUCACCAACGUCGGUGCGACAAAACUGUAUCCAGGGUACACUGUCGCCGACGGCGAGAGCGCCGCCUACGACCCGAUCGGCGACCCAUACUCCAUCGCGUAUGCCUCCGGAGGCGGCUUCAGCAACAUCUAUCCUAUCCCAAGCUAUCAAGCGGCGGCUGUCGCUGAGUACUUCAAAAACCACAACCCACCCUACCCAUACUACAAGGGCGCAGCCAACAUAGGCAAGAACGGCGGGCUCUACAAUCGACUGGGCCGCGGAUACCCCGACGUCGCCGCCAACGGCGACAACAUCGCUAUGUUCAAUGCGGGCGGGUACAUUCUUGAGGGCGGUACGAGUGCUAGUACCCCCAUCUUCUCUUCGGUGAUCAACCGCAUCAUCGAGAAGCGCAUUGCCGCCGGCAAGGGCCCCGUGGGGUUCCUGAACCCGGUGCUCUAUCGCAAUGCGGAUGCGCUGAACGACAUCACCAACGGGACGAAUCCCGGCUGCGGGACGGAUGGAUUCUCGACUGCUCCUGGGUGGGAUCCCGUGACAGGACUCGGAACACCGAACUUCCCUAAGUUGCUGGAGGUGUUUUUGAGUCUGCCGUAGCGUGGAAAUACAUACGAUGGGGGAACUGAACGUACCAAUGAG